UCACCCGAUAUUUCACCAGAGUUGGAUGAGUCUCUCUAUGCUUGUACAGGUACGCAGAGUCAAACUACAAUAUGGGUCGUUUAUAUGAUUAAGCUAUACCAAACAAACUUGCAGCAGAGUUUGGAAUUCCACGUGUACCUGCGCUCACUGCACCCGGAAAUCCAGAGGCUCUCUCCCUCAUGAAAGAAUGGAUGACAGACUGUACACGAAAUCACAAAACCUGCCCACGACCCGGUCGGAUCACUUUACCACGUAGACUCGUGCAGAUCUCUCCUCCCAGCGCAGCUCCAUCCGCACGCCUUUACGAAACCACAUUUUCUCAUAGUAAACUCAACUUCAUGGCUCUAAGUUAUUGCUGGGGCGGCGCGCAAGUUCAUGUCACCACGCACGCAAAUUUUGCGCAAUAUUCCAAGACCCUACCGUAUGAUGUUUUAUCGCAAACUAUCCUCAAUUCGUUUACCGUCGCAUGCAAUCUGGGGUGCGAAUUCAUCUGGAUCGACUCGCUGUGCAUCAUCCAAGACGAUGUGGACGACAUAAACCGAGAGAUUUCAAAAAUGCGACAUAUCUACCAGAACGCUGCGUUGACGAUAUCGGCAUCACGGGCAGCCAGUGUUUUGGAAGUGCCAGAAGUGUUUCCGGGUCGAUGGAUACAGUGGGAUCGAUUGGGAUAGUUGGGCGUGGAAAACAGGAUUUCCGAGAAAUACGUUCAGGAC